AUGCCGCCCAAGUUCGACCCUUCCCAAGUAGUCGACGUCUGCGUAAGGGUGACCGGAGGAGAAGUCGGCGCAGCCUCUUCCCUUGCCCCCAAAAUCGGUCCCCUUGGUCUCUCUCCAAAGAAGAUCGGUGAAGACAUCACCAAGGAGACUUCCAAGGACUGGAAGGGUCUCCACGUUACCGUUAAGCUUACCGUCCAGAACCGUCAGGCUAAGGUAACUGUAGUUCCCUCCGCCGCCGCGCUAGUCAUCAAAGCUCUCAAGGAGCCCGAGCGCGACCGCAAGAAGACCAAAAACAUUAAGCAUAACGGCAAUAUCAACUAA